CGGCCCUUCUGUGUGGGCAGACUCAAGCCAAAGACGAAUCAAAGCAGCGGUAUAUAACGGAGAGGAUAAGCGCUGGGAUAAUCGCGCGUCUUUCUUGAGCCACCAUCAUCAUGUUUUCUGCGUUUCGAAAAGCAGCGACCGAAGUUACAAUAUUUCAUCAUCCUUCCUCGCCUUCGUCCCAGAAGGCUUUGAACAUGCUGAGAUCAGCCGUCUCUGGACCAUACCCUCCCACGAAAUCUACAUCCCCCCCUCUGGAUUUUAAGCUUGAGGUCGUAGAGGCUCCUCCGACACCGGAUCAGCUCAAAACCAUAAUGUCUUAUGUUUCCCCAAAUUCUACUCUUUCUGUUUUCCUUUCUGCUCAUCCUUCUACACCCUCUGGAUCAGAAGCACCUCAGUCAGCAUCUGCAAUACAUAACAUUGCAGCUCAUAACCCAAACGUCAUGAAAUGGCCUAUUGUAGUGGACUGGACAAAAGGAAGAGUCAGUAUCGGCGACGUGGAAGGUGUUCAAAGUAUUUUGGAGACCCUACGGAAGCAGAGAGAUGGCGAACUGCCCCAGGAAGAGGAAGUUGAUCGGCCCAAAGGUUGGUUCUCCUAGUUCCCUCCUACCUUUCGUCCCUGAGGCGUUUCGGGGAAUAGUGUAUUAUUUUUAUAUACAUAGCGCAAACCAAAACGGUUAUUAUAAAUACAAAACAGAAGAUUA